AUGAUUGGAACUCGUCGCCGGCUGCGGGCCUCCUCGGUCUCGGCGGGCAUCCUGCGCGGCGCUUUGAGGUACGCCACAUUCAUGGGUGUCAUCAGUUUUGGCGUGAAGUGGAAUCGCAGCCAGCGGCGUCUGGUGGCCAAGGAUUGGCUCUGGUACAAAUGGUUUUGCCUCCUGACGCGAGUGCUCAUGUGUGGCCUCAACUUCGUCUUGUAUUAUGACUUCAUCUUUGUGCUGAAUAUGUCCCAUUUGAAGGUAAUCGUCAUCUUUCGCAUGCUCAUCUGCAUGGUCUGCGCUGCGGUCACCCUGCUGCUGCAGUUCUGGCAUGGACAGCGUGUGCUUCGCGUGGUCAACAGCUUUCUGCGGCUCUAUCAGCGCGUCGAGGCGCUGCCCGGCUGCCGGGAUGUGGGCUUUGGGGGCAGGUGGGCGCUGUGCCUGCUGCUCGGCAAGGUGAUCUGUAUGCUGCACGAGCUCGUCUGCAUGAUUCCGCCAAUGCUCGAGGAGCUUGAGUUUUAUUUUGUGCUGAGCACAAUUUGCGAUACAUACAAUACCGUGAAUGCGGCCAUUAUCCUGAACACCUGCUUCGUGGGCUACCUCAGUCUGGGCAUCAUCUACGACCGGCUGAACGGCUAUGUGCGGCACGAGCUGCGCCAACAGCUCGGCGAGCUGGGCGACGCCGCCAGCCGUAUGCAGCUGGAGGCGGCUGGGCAACGCCUGGACGAGUGCCUGGCCAUCUACGAUGAGCUGCACCAGGUGGGCCGAUCGUUCCAUCAGCUCAUCGAGUUGCCGCUCUGCAUCAUACUCAUGUUUGGCUUUGUCAGCAUGGCGCUGGUUGCCUUAUUCAUCAUGUUGAACCUAUUCGACGGCAUUAGCCUGUGGGUCAUGGAGGUCAAGAUGUUGCUGGACAUUUUGCUGCUGACCCUCGUGGUGCAUGGGGCAAGCAGCAGCUCGCGUGUGAUACGCAGGCUCAGCCUGGAGAAUUACUACGUCAGCGAGCACAAGGAUUGGCACAGGAAGCUGGAAAUGUUUUUGAACCGACUGAACUAUAACGAAUUUCCGGUGCGUCCUUUGGGCCUAUUCGAGGUGUCCAACGAGCUGAUCUUGGUCUUUCUGUCCGGCCUGGUCACCUAUCUCACCUACAUAUUGCAGUACAGCCGGCAGUGGGAGAAUCUCUAG